AUGUCGGUCCUGGAUCCGCAGGUGUCCCUGCCCGCUGACAAGCAUCCUGAGCGACGCCUCAAGUCGACCUUUAAGGCAUUUGAAGAGGCAGAGCUCCCUAAGCUGAAGGAAGAAAAACCAGGCCUAACGCUGCACCAGUACAAAGACAUGAUAUGGAAACUGUGGAAGAAGUCUCCAGACAACCCUCUUAACCAGGCUGCUGACUGA